CACAAUUCGUGCGAAUCGGUCAAAUUCCACAACUUGGUCGUAAAAACAAAUGUAUUUUAAUAGAAUAUCGAGAAUUUAAGUGAGCACAGGACCACGUUAAAUUGUGUAACAAUGUUUGUUUAUUUGAGCAAAAAGAUUGCAAUACCCAACAACACAAAGUUGAGAUGUGUAUCGUGGAACAAAGACCAGGGCUACAUCGCAUGUGGCGGAGAAGAUGGACUCUUAAAAGUACUCAAACUUGAGACCCAAACAGGAAAGGAUGUGAAGGCAAAGGGUCUAGCAGCCCCUAGUAACCUCUCCAUGAAUCAGACAUUAGAAGGGCAUAGUGGUUAUAUUACAUGUAUAGCAUGGGCACGUGUAAAGAAUAAUUUGCCACGUGUUGCGUUCAGCGAUUCAAAGGGAAAAAUAUCUGUAUGGGUGAAGAAAAAAUUUGUAUUGUAUGGGGAACAAUGUUCAUGGUAUGAGGAAAUGAUCAAUAACCGUAACAAGUCUGUGGUGAAGAGUAUGGCAUGGAAUGCGGAUGGACAGAAGAUCUGUAUCGUGUAUGAGGAUGGGGCAGUCAUUGUAGGCUCUGUGGAUGGGAACAGGAUCUGGGGGAAAGAACUUAGGGGAACCCAGUUAGCAUCUGUCGAGUGGUCUCCUGAUGGGAAGAGUUUACUGUUUGGCAUGGCAAACGGAGAGAUACACAUUUAUGAUAAUCUUGGAAACUUUAUUACCAAACUGAACAUCUACUGCCUAACCAACUGCACAGGGUCUAUCAAGAUUGCUGGAGUGCACUGGUAUAAUGGUUCUAAUGGUUACGUUGAGCCUAACUGCCCGUGCCUUGCGAUUUGCUUCGACAAUGGUAGAUGUCAGAUUAUGCGCUCUGAAAUUGAUGAAACUCCAAUCCUCAUUGAUACUGGAAUGGCUGUUGCUCAGUUGGCCUGGAACCAUAAUGGGGCUGUCCUUGCUGUAGCUGGUUCCCAGAAAGCUAUUGGCCAGGAUAAGGAAGUCAAUGUUGUUCAGUUUUAUGGUCCAUACGGAGAGCAUCUGAGAACACUAAAGGUCCCGGGCAAGCAGAUGUACUCGUGUUCCUGGGAAGGUGGCAGUCUACGUGUCGCCCUGGCUGUAGACUCUUUCAUCUACUUUGCCAAUAUAAGACCUGACUAUAAGUGGGGCUACUGCUCGAACACUGUGGUGUACUCGUUUACUAAGCCAGACAGAGUAGAACACUGUGUUAUCUUCUGGGAUACAAAGAAUGGAGAGAAAUAUGUGAAAUAUGUGAAGAACUUGAUCAGCAUCACAGCAUGUGGUGAUUACUGUUGCCUAGCAACCAAAGCUGAUGAACUCACCAACCAAUAUGUGCUGGUUCUCUGUAACUCAAUUGGUACCCCACUUGACUCCAAGUACAUAGAGAUGGACCCAGUGUACCUUACUAUGACAAAGACCCAUAUUAUAGCAGCAUCUAGGGAGGCAUUCUAUACCUGGCAGUUCAAAAACCCAAAGAAACUCUCCACUCUGGAGGUGGCUGGCAGACGGAAAACUGGAGCUGAAAGGUUACACCAUAUAGACGAUCAUCCUACUGGAGGAGCUGGUACUGAUGAUAUAGACUUCAGUAAAGCUUUCACGGGUACAGAUGACCAGAUCUGCUGUGUUUGUGCUUCAGACAAGAUCCUUAUUGUGGGUAGGGAGUCGGGAACGUUGAUCAGAUACUCUAUGCCAAUGUUGUCACUGACUCAGAAGUAUGCUCUUGAGUGCAGACCUCAUCAGUUGUCUCUCAAUUGUACAUCCAGUCGAUUGGCCAUCAUAGACAUCAGUGGAGUGUUGACCUUUUUUGACCUUGACACGAAAAUGACUGAUCAGGAUGGAAAAGAAGUGAUUGGAGAGCAUCUCAAGUUCGAGAGGAAAGAUGUCUGGGACAUGAGAUGGGCUGAGGAUAAUCAUGAGUUGUUUGCAAUGAUGGAGAAGACAAGAAUGUACAUCUUUAGGAGCCUUGACCCUGAGGAGCCUAUCUUGAGCAGUGGAUAUAUCUGCCAGUUCAAUGACCUGCAGAUCAAGACUGUGUUGCUAGACGAGAUCAUGAAAGAUCCGGAGAGUCCGACCAAGGAAUAUAUGCAGGAAAUGGAGAUCAAAUCCCUAAGAGACACUAGGGACCUGCUGGAGAAGAUUGGUUUGCAGGAUGCCCAACAGUUUAUAGAGGACAACCCUCACCCAAGAUUGUGGAGGCUGCUGGCCGAGUCUGCCCUCGAACAACUCAACCUGAAAAUCGCUGAGCAAGCCUUUGUUAGAUGUAAGGACUUUCAGGGCAUUGAGUUUGUAAAAAGGCUGGGCAAUUUGCAGAAUGAGAAUAUGAAACAAGCCGAGGUGGCUGCAUACUUCCGUAGAUUUGAGGAAGCUGAGAGGAAAUACCUUGAUAUGGACAGAAGAGAUCUCGCUGUGAGUUUGCGUAAGAAACUUGGAGACUGGUUCCGAGUUGUUCAGUUGUUAAAGACUGGUUCAGGGGGAGAUGAUCUUCAACUUGAGGAGGCAUGGAAUGCUAUAGGAGAUUACUAUGCUGACAGACAGAAGUGGCAGCAGGCAGUGACAUACUAUGUUCAAGGUCGGAAUCAAGAACGCCUCGCUGAAUGCUACUACAUUCUUGAAGACUAUGCAGGACUGGAGAAGAUGGUUUCCAGCCUCCCAGAGAAUCAUAAACUUCUCCCUGACAUAGCUUCAAUGUUUAUGACUGUGGGAAUGUGUACCCAGGCUGUUGAUGCUUUCAUAAAGUGCAACCACGUCAAAGCUGCUAUAGACUGCUGCGUGAACUUGAACCAGUGGAACAUGGCUAUUGACCUUGCAAAGGCACAUAAUGUACGGGAGAUCGACUCACUUCUAGCUAAGUACGCUCAACAUCUUCUCGAGAAAAACAAGAUUGUGAAUGCUAUAGAGCUGUACAGGAAGGCCGGGCACCAUCUUGAGGCAGCUAAGCUACUGUUUAAGAUUGCCAAUGAACAGAGGGAGAAAAAACAGAAACCAUUACAUAUCAAGAAAUUGUUUGUACUUGGUGGCCUGUUGGUGGAGCAGUAUCAUGAAACUAUGAAGAUGACCUCUAGAGCAAAGGUCAAGGACAAGCGGGGUGCCAUGGCAACAUCGGCUCUGGCAGGGUUUCUAGAGGAGGAUACAGCAGCGGUGUCAGACACCAAGCUGAUAGAGAAUGCGUGGCGGGGAGCAGAGGCGUAUCAUUUCUACCUACUAGCACAGAGGCAGCUUCAGGAAGGGUAUGUUGACUUGGCUAUGAAGACUGCUAUAGGUCUUAGAGAAUAUGAGGAUGUUCUGGACCCGGCUGAUAUCUUCUCGUUACUAGCUCUGACUGCAAGUGCAAAUAGGGCAUUUAGGAUAUGUUCUAAUGCUUUUAUAAAGUUGGAGACGUUAGAUACCCUCAGUCCAGAACAUAGACAACAGUAUGAGGAGCUGGCCUUGGAAAUAUUUACCAAACACAGUCCAAAGGAUAACAGAAACACAACUAUAGAGUGUACAAGUUGUUCAAGCACCAUCCCUGACUGGAAAAAGGAAGAGAAUUUAGGUGCUAGAGGAGUAAACAGGUCUAAUGCAUGUCCAAGCUGCGAUACAAAGUUCCCAACAUGCAUUGUGACAGGAAAGCCAUUAAUGGAAUACCAGUUUUGGAUGUGCAGUGCGUGUAAACAUCGUGCGUACGAGUCUGAAAUCGCUCAGCGUCAGACGUGUCCGCUGUGUCACACCCCUGUGUAGAUAUCACCAGAACUGACUGUCCGUUACAUUCCUGUGUCUGUUACACUCCUGAUGCACAGUUACAGAAAGCUACCAAAUCUUGACUCUAGCACUUUCAAAACUCUUUGUGGAUUCUCAAACUGAUGGGAAAUGGAAAGCAAAAGCUAAGGAAUUUAAACUGAAAUGGAAAGUUUUCUGAGAAUUCAGAGCUGUCACGUAUCUUAAAGAACAGGUUCCUGCUAAGGUUACAUGAUAUUUGUCAAGAAUAAACUUUUUCAAAAUUUUGCCUCACAAGGACUAACCUUUCAGGUAAAAUUUGGCCUUUAUCUGAAAUAAAAAGAAACUCACUAUUCACAAAAUUAGAAAGUAUUAUUACUAUGAAUACCGGUAGCCUUAUUGUCACAAUAUGGCUAUAUACAAUGUAUUUAGCAAAUAGUCUAAUGAACAAGCCUAUUCAAGUCUCUAGUGUCAACUUCUAGACUUGUGAAAAUAUCAGAUUUUAGAAUAUACAUGGAUUAAAUGAUUGAUAGGCUUGCACAAUUGAUACACUAUAAGAAGUUAAAGAGGCAUGAUAUUUGAUUAAUAUGUUAUAAAAUAACUUUUUUUCCUUAUGUGAUUUCAAAUGUGUACUUUGUGGAUAAUGCAGUUGGUAGACUUUCUUUAUAAUUUACAACAAGAGUGAUAUAGAUAAAUUCUGUGCAUUUCAUUUGAGACAUCAUGAUUGUUGACUUGUUUUCGUUUCAAUCAAAGUAUUUACUUUAGCUUUUAAGAAAAACAAAGAUACAUGUACAAAAAUCUGGAAGGGUACCCCUUAAAAAUGAUGUAAUAAUUGAGUCGUGCCAUGGGAAAACCAACAUAAUCGGUUUGCGACCAGCAUGGGUCCAGACCAGCUGGUCAGGAUCCAUGCUGUUCGCUAAUGGUUUCUCUAAUUGCUAUAGGUUUUGAAAGCGAACAGCAUGGAUCCUGACCAGACUGCGCAGAUGUGCAGGCUGGUCUAGAUCCAUGCUGGUCGCAAACCCACUAUGUUGGUUUUCUCAUGACACGGCUCAUAUAUUCUUAAGAAAUGUAUGUUUAUUUAUUAAUUUAUUUUAACAUAUCAGUUGUGAUUUUGUUAAGGUGAUUACAGUUCUUCUAUUUAUUUUUAUUCUAAUAGAUAGAUGAUUUUUUCUAUGAAGAUUUAU